AUGUCGUCGUUCGAUAAGGGCAAGGCCAGAGCUGCCUCCCCGCACAUCAACACCACCGAUCACCCUGCGGUCCAAACCGUCCAGCCUCACCCCAUCCCAUCCACCACCCUCCUCAACAUCGAAUACCCCGGCAUCCUCUCCCCUGACGCAGGUCCAUCCAAUCCUUCCUCCUACCGCAGCCUCGAACGCGCGCUUUCCACACUGCAUCCGUCCACCCUACCUCCGUUCACGAGCACCCCACACGAAGCGCUCACCUUCCUCUCGCGCAUCCCCAACGAGGGGCUCAAGACCGUCGAGUGCCGCUUGGGCGGAUUUGGCUCCACGGCUACGUCGGUGUACGACGACGGUAUCGACGAGAUGUUCAGGACGCCGCUGAUGGGGGAAGUUGUCCCGACGCACAAUGUUGUCGUUCGUGUGGUGAAGCGGGUUUGGCGGCAGAAGAGGCGGAGACGGUCGGAAUCACCGGCUCGGCAAGAUGGUGGGGUGGCGCAGGAUAGGGAGGAUAUGGCGCUUGAUCCUGCGCUUUUCGGUGAUGGCGAUGCAGCAGCUCUCGAUGGGCAGGCUCAGCGGGUUGAUGCCCAGGAUCAGCCAAACGGCAAACGCAGUCGGUACACCGGUCGAGUGAAAAAGGAGUACUGCGUCGAAGUGCUAGGCAUGGCCACAAAGACAGUCCGGUUCCGCGCCAUGGCAGACUUUGCCUUCCAACCAACCCUCACUGCAACCUCGCCAUCGAACCUCGAUGCAUCGUCGCAACUCGAUCCAGUCACGUCGCUCCACAAAGCCCUCGCGACGAUGGACUUUGCCGCGCUUCAAAACUUCCGCGUCCCCGAACAGCUCGAGGACUACCACUCUAGCACCACUCCACCUCGAUCCAACCUGCACAUGCUACCGCCCUUCUUCUUCAGCCGCGCCGAGAUCCCGCACAACUACCACUUCUCCCAAACACCCUACAGCGAGCUCCGUACCGUCGCUACACCUCCGCACCUCGCCAAACUCUCUACGAAGAGCUUCGCGCACAUCCUCGCGCAUCCGUCGGCGGAUGGCUCGAUGCAGCGCUUCGUCAACCGCGUUCGUCUGCCCAACAUCACCCCGCAGCAGUACCGCGUCGGCAGCAACAGCCUCAUCCCGACCGGUCCGCUGACGGAUGUGCUGAGAAUUGAACAUCGGUGCGAUCGAACGAUCCUUGCUAAGCUGGAGGGAUUGUUGGAGGAAAGACCGAUUUGGUCGCGGGUAGCACUGAAGAAUCAGUUUGUGGGGAAGGAGAGGGUGGAGUUGGAUGGGAAUAGUGAGAAAGUGUACUAUGCGCUGUGUGGGUAUGCGAUGGUGGGGGGGCCGUGGAGGGAUACGAUUGUGAGGUGGGGGUAUGACGUGAGGGAAGAUGUGGGGUGUAGGGUGUUUCAGCGGGUGUUUUUGAGAGGGGGAGCGAGGGGGGAGGGGGGUAGGGAGACGAGGUUGGGGAAGGAGAGCAGGGCGGUGGAGGAGGACGAGCAGGAAGCAGCUGUCGUUCCGAACGGUGAUGCGAGAUCGAGCCCUCUCGAAACGAAGAAGUCGACGCAUCUGUUCGACGGCACAACCCUUCACCGUCACGUAGGCAACUUCCAGCUGUGCGACAUCCACGAUCCACUCAUCCAACCGUACAUCCACCAAACCGACGAUGCACAGAUCCAAUGGUUGCGCCGGGAAAUGGAUCCCGAAACGGGCUGGUACACGCGAAGGGCGCUGGAUCUCAUCCGUGCGUUGGUAGCAGCGCGGUUCAAGGCGUUGGCGGAUACGCGGAGGCCACUGGAGAAGAGUGCGCUGGACGAGAUCGUGCAGAGGAUGAGGGGCAAGUGGCGCGAGGAGGAUGAGGUGGCGAGGGAGGUGGAGACUUGCACACAGCAAGACGCGCAGCAAGGUCGGAUGGACGUCGAUCCGGAUCUCGUCUAG